UGCCCCGCCCGCCGCCGAGCUGGGGCUCCUGCGUCCCGACGGAGCGCAGCGGCCGGACCAGGCUGGCAAGCGGGCAGAGGCGGGCCCGCAGGGCUGCUGCGGGGCGAUCGAGCCAGGCUGCAGGCGGCGCCAUGGGCUCUCGUGUACAGCCUGAGUUCCAGCCUCACUGAGCCGGUUACCCCCAAGACCUUCCUGCGGAGGAAGCCUCCCCCAGCGCUGACCAUGUCUAUUAUGGACCAUAGCCCCACCACGGGUGUGGUCACAGUCAUUGUCAUCCUCAUCGCCAUCGCUGCCCUGGGGGCCUUGAUCCUGGGCUGCUGGUGCUACCUGCGGCUGCAGCGCAUCAGCCAGUCAGAGGACGAGGAGAGCAUCGUGGGGGAUGGCGACACCAAGGAGCCCUUCCUGCUGGUGCAGUACUCAGCCAAGGGACCAUGUGUGGAGAGGAAGGCCAAGCUGACCCCCAAUGGCCCAGAAGUGCACGGCUGAGCCGGGAUGCGAAGGCUCCUGGGCCUGUUUGCAGCCAGCCAAGAGGCGUGGGAGGGGAAAACCACAGACGUGCUGCCGUUUGAGAGGAGGGGUUGACGCUGGCAUGGCCUCGCCGGGCUUCAUUAUCGCAUGCACUGACUCCUGGGGUCCCAGCUGUCCUAAGCCAGGACUUGGUGGCCCUGGGCAUUCCCUCUGCCUCCUGGUGGAGCUGCCCAUUGCAGGCAGUGGGCAGACCUGACCUUGCUUUUGUUACUUGAAUGUUUAGCUGAGCCUGUUUGGAUGGCGCUACUACUGUAACGCGUGAACUCACAAACCUGUGAACUGUAAAUAGGACCCAGAAGCACGUGCUUAAACCUUUUUUGCUGAUUUUAAAAAAUACUGCAUAAUGUACAUGGGAUUGACCGUACUAAUAAGCUGAGUCAAGGCUGUGGGGGAGGGUCUUGGACAUGUAAGGCCCAAGUUGCACUUGGCAGGGGCCUCUAAUAUAUGUGUGUGUUCAUAGAGGAUGUGACGUGUUUUAAGUUUCAGAGCUGACCAGUUGAGGUGCUGUGGUGAUUUCUGCUUGGUUAGCAAUAGAUGGGAGAACCACACCACUGUCUUUCUAUGUAGGUUCGGUCGUUAAAUACCAGUUGCUGUUGAUAUUGCAAGGAAGCUACUGCAGCUGCUUGGGAGCCAGUGAAGGACGAGUCAGGCACACGUCCUGAGGGCUGCCAGGCAUCCCAGUGGCAGAGCAGUUUCUUGCCCCCCUGGUCUUGAGCAUGCUGAGCACUCUGUCCCCUCUCCAAGCCCACCCCCCCACCCCCCCACCGGGCAUUACUUAGCACAGGCUUAGCGAGCAGGCAGUGGCUUUUAUCUGGAACCCAAUUAGCCCAGGAAAGAAAACUGAGGUUUUUAUUUGUUGUUGUAUUUAAUAUUUUCUGCACUGGAGGGGAGAGGAGGGAACUGGGGUUUCCUCACUCCUUCCCUUUUCACAAAUUAGUUUCCUUUCUUAAAUUACCACUCACCUGCUGGAUACUGGAUUUUACUUUCCUCAGCAGAUCACCUAGAACAGGGGUAGGAAACGUCCAGCCCACAGGCCAUAUAAGGCCCAUGAAAUCAUUUGGUCUGGCCCUGCCAAGGCAUUAGGUGUGAGUUAAUUAAAUGUUUGACCAAAUGUAGCAGGCUAAUUUUUAAGUAGAUAAUUGUGUAUGGCCCGUGAAUGAUGAUGUCAAUAUCCAAAUGGCCCUUGGCAGAAAAAGGGUUCCCCACCCCUGACCUAGAAGGAGAGUCCCCUGACUCCACUAAGAGAGCACCAAGUGCAGUGGAAGGACAUUUCUUAUGUGCAUAUGUACAUAGGAGCCCCCAGAUGUGCCCUGACUGCCUGUGCUUAGUGAGCACCUGGGGGGACGGGGGGCAGGGGAGAGUGAGUUUCAGGUUCUGCACUUAGUUUUCAAAAAGAUGAGUUAGUGGCUCUUGGAUCGGGCCAGUGCCUCCACAGCCUGCAUCUCCAAGGAGUCCCUUGUAUGAAAUCACUUGGAUUUUUAAUUCCACCACGGUAAACACAUUACCGGUCACAAUUAACUAGGACUUGUAUCGGCAUCCUGGGUAAUAAACUGGAGGCCAGCCUUGUUUUAACCUUGGUGCAGUGGCCUUUAGCACUUGAGUAGCCUGCCAGCAGCAUGGGCAUGGAGCUCCCAGGAGGCCCUCAGCCUCGCUCGUCAGCUCCCACCACCAUCAGAGCCCUGGCUUCCUGGUCAGGCUGAAGGCAGCUUACUUAUGGCUUCAUUCAAGUCUCCUCUAGAAAGCAUGUUGAACUAAUCUACUUUCUAGAACCCCAAGGAGGGAGCUUAGGGAGCAUUUACUUUAGCAGCAUAUGUCUAAAUUGGGGACCAAACAUUAAUAGCUUAGAGGGAGGGGUAAGGGCAGUUAGGCAAUUUGAGCUAAAGACAAGAAGAAAUGUCCCUGGCCCUUAACUGAGGAUGGCCAACCAUGAGAGUUAAGCUGGAGAUCAGCAGAGGCCCUUUGGGCUGGGAGUGGAGACAAGUUCCAAAGGUGCCGACUUAGAAAUCAGGGAGAUUUACUUUCUAAUGAAGGAUGCUCAAGAAAAAUGGAAGGUGUAGGGGCAUUUGAUCCAUUCCCCUCGCAUUCCAGAACCUCCAAGCUUUCUACCUCUAACUUUCUGCAGCCAGCAGCUUACACCUAGGCUGUCUUUCAUCCUAGUAACCCAGGAGGCACCUGGGACUUGCAUUUUCAGUCUCUGAAAAUGACCAUCACUUGACUGUCAGACUUGCCCUUGAGGUCAGACGUGCCAGUGAAGUUUGAGUUUUGAAAUGUUGAAAUGUCGCUUUCUCCUUAGUUUCACGUCUGGAAGUUCUUUAUUCCACUCCUUGGUUGCCAGGGAUGACAUCUUUGCAGCUUGAAUCAGGCCCAUCCCAUCAGCAUGGUGGGGCACUCGUGGGGGUCUCUGGGAGGAAAGUGAAAGUGCCUGUAGAACUGGUGAACAACCACACAAUAGCUCUCACUGUUCUUAUUUGUCAAUAGCUACUUUUUUUAGUACAGAGACCAGAGCCACACACUCAACUGGCUUAGUAAGUUAUGACUCUCAUUAAGUUCAUUCUGAAUUGACCACUGUUGUGUUCAAGUUUUCUGACUAGUCAGUCAAGAAAUUAACAUCUCAUUCUGUAUGUCAUCACAGAAGCAACAAUAGGAGAAUGGGGAGGGAACUCUGACGCAGCCACUAAAAUAUGGACUAAUUUUUCAGACAAAUCUUCAAAUGGACUGUGCUACUGUUUUUUGUCUCAGUUACCAAGUUUGUGCAAUAAGUGGAAGGGAUGGCAUCCCUGUUCAAUAAAAGCUGAAUGACAUUCACAUUGAUUUUCUAGACCACUGAGAAAAUCUUUAUUUACAAUAAAUUUCAAUAAAAUUUGCAUAAAUAUA